AUGGUGUCCUUCUGUAUCCAGAACGUCUUCAUCUUCCUUGAUACCGCCCUCUUUGCAGAUACAUGGACAUCUUCGUUAUACUCACUGAGCGCAUUGCUUAUUGGAGCAGCGACUGCCCUCGAGUGCUCUCCCGCCUCCAUCAGGAGCCCGACGUUUCGGAAUGGCCGAUUCCAGAGCCUAGACAGCGGUGAUUAUAGCACAGGCUUAGAACCAAUCUACCUUGCCUAUGCGGUUGCUCAGGGCUUUGUUUCGGCCUUCACGGAUGGAGGUGUUCCCAGUGAUGCUGGAGCAACCACCACCAUCGCAACAGAUCUCUCGGCAACGAACGAUAUGGCCGAGAUUGGAAAACAGGUCACCGCUUACUAUAACAGACCCGCCGAGUACACCUACUUCAGCGGCUGCUCUGGCGGUGGAAGAGAGGGUCAUGCCAUGGCUCAGCAGUUCUCUGAUGCCUUUGAUGGCAUCUUGGCUCUUUCCCCAGCAAUCACUAUCGAGAGCCUUAUCCCCGCGAGCUACUGGCCAACCCAGAUCACGAAUGAGAAUCAGAUAUAUCCAUCCCCCUGCGAGAUUGAUGCGUUCGUUAGCGCCGCCGUCAAGCAUUGCGAUUGA